GGUAUAGCCUCCCCCGUAGUCCCGUACGCACACCGCAUUCCCCAACCAUUUCCUGCUUCUUCGCUAGAACCCUAGCCGCCGUGCCGCCCCAAGAACCGGAAAAAGGGAAGCGACAAUCCGGCGUGCCCUUCCUCGUCGUUGAAUCCCGCCACCUCCUUUAUCUUCGCCGGGGCAAGGAGGAAAUCUCGUCGGGAUGGGGAAGGCGAAGCGGGCGUCCAUCUUCAUCAGGCUCGUGUCGGCCGCUGGCACGGGGUUCUUCUACGUGAAGCGCAAGAACCCUCGCCGGAUCACGGAGAAGCUCGAGUUCAGGAAGUACGACCCCCGCGUCAACAAGCACGUCCUCUUCACGGAGGCCAAGAUGAAGUGAGCGCGCGCGCGCGCGGUCUUCGCCGGAAGAUGCAAUAACGCCGUCGAGCCCUGUUACGAACCUGAGAGAGAGAAAGAGAGACAUCUGUUCUUGUUCGUUGUUAUUUUUUCCUUGCUGUCGAUGGACUGGGCUGCGGCGCGGUGCAGCUCAUCUGUUCCUUCCUGCCGCUAAUCCAAGUCCGUUCAUCCCCAUCCAUGAAGCUCCUGGCCCAGGCCCCUGUUGCUGUACUGUUUCUGUGUUCUCUCUCUAGUCUCUCCCUGACAUCGUCUAGACAGAUUUGACAUUUCGCCUGUCUGUGUAACAUCUUUCCUGGUCCAACCGAACGUCAGUGAACUGAUGGAAACUCUCUCUGAAAACUCAAAAUGGAAAUGGAGGUUGGUAACAUGA